AUGUUAGUAAAAUAUGACACAUCGUUUAAUUUGUCAUUCCCAGUAGGUAAAAAAUUUGUAAUGGGUCAAUUUCAUUUGAAAUCGGGUGAGGAGGUAUCAAGUGCAGUAGAUCAGUUUAUGAACGAAUUCGAUAUACCAAUAUACUAUAGAAUAAGUUUAUUAAAUACAAUUGAAAAUUUGAUAAAACAAGAUAAAAUUUUCACCAAAGACCACAGCGAUCUGGAGUAUAUUAAAACAAGUAACUUUGUAAAAUAUCAAGAAGAGGACCAAAAAAAAGAAGAUGGCACCACCAGCAAUAGAAUUAUAAAUCAAAAAAUCAUAAACUCACUAUCAAGUCAAUAUAGCGAAAAGGUGUCAUAUUGGAACAAGUUAAUUAAUAAUCAGGAGACUGUAGAUCAACAAAUAAAAGAAGAGAGAAUUUCAACAUUUUUAUAUUUGGUGAAUAAAAACCAUGAUACAAGAGAGCGUAUUAUCAGCCAAGAGGAACUGUUCGCUACAGAAAUGUCUAUUCAGUUAGUAAAGAAACAAGAUGAUCUUAAAACAAUUAAUGAACGACAUUCACAAGAAAUGGAAGAUGCCUUUAGAAAUUCAUUACCACCUGAUCAAGUCGAACUUAUUGUAGCUAGUAAUAUGAAGCAAGUGGAUGAUUUAGAACAGUUUUAUAAUUAUGAAAUAACCCAAUUAAAACAAAAGCAAAAAUCUGAAUUUUCAAAUUUUUUAACAAAUUUAUAUUGGUUAGAAAAAACAAAAGAUGAUUUAGAUGAAAUUGAAGAUUUUAAUCAACAGCAAAAUAAUAGUCAACAACAAUCACAACAACUACCACCACAACAGUCACAACAACAAUCACAACAACAACAACAGUCACAACAAAACCAGCAAAUACAAGAAAAGGGCAGCAUUCUUGAUUCAAUUGGUCAAAAUUUAGAUAAAGGUUUUGGAAGAGCAUCCUCAUUCUUCUCUUUUGGGUUUAAAAAGAAUCAAUCUGUAACUUCACCACCCGUAAACUCACCACCACUAAAUUCCGAGCAACAACAAAACGACACUACAAAGCCAAUCAAAAUUAAUAAUACUACAAGCAAUAAUAAAAUAGAUUCAUCAACACCAUCUUCAUCAUCACCCAAUAAAUUAGUUUCAACAUCACCACACCAACAAUCAACACCUUCACCCUCUGUAAAUAAUAAUAGUGAAUUUUUACAACCAAGAAAGCAAAGUACAGGUUCAACAACUAGCAAUACAUCAAACUCAUCAAAUGCCAAUACUAAUAAUAAUAAUAACAAUACCUUACCAGUACUUAGAAAACAAAGUAGUGGUAGUGCAUCAAUACCAAAUUUACAAAAUAAAAAUAAUAAUGAAAAUACAGAAUUGGUUAUAAAUACAGGUAAAUUUUUUGAAGAAUAUACAAUUGCAGUUGGUGUUCAAAAGAAAAAACUAUUUAAAAUAAAACUAAUCGAAGAAUCACCCUUACAACUAUGCAAACCAAUUACAUCAAUACCUGGGGAAUAUAGAAAAAUAAAAAGAGUAGAUUAUAUUAAAACAUUAUAUUCAGACUCACUAUCAGCUGUUAUUUUACUUGUGGAUCCCUCCCUAUCGUUCAACUCUGAAAAUGAAAGAAAAUUUAUUAAAUAUUGCAAUAUGUCAACAGAACUUCAUUUCGAUUCAAUAGAUAAACAAAUUUAUGAUUUUAGACAUUCAAUUGGCGAAAAUACACUUUUAAAUAAUGGUGAUUUCUUUAUAACAAAACAUUCAAAUCUUUCAGAUGUUCAAGUUGUAUUCCAUUUAGUAGUUGAUAGUAAAAAUAGAACACCGUUGGGGGAAAAUGCAUUACCAACAACAUCUGAUAUUGCCAAAGGUUUAAGAAACAUAUUAUUGACUGCUUCGAAAUAUGGUAUUGGUAAUAUUACCAUACCAAUAUGUUUAACUGACUCUGAACUCGAUUUGAACGUAACCAACACAGCCUUGCUAUCUAGAUGUAUAUCAGUUUGUAGUAUUACUAGAGCAUCAUUAACAAGUUUACAGGAAAUGACCUCGAUUAAAACUGUUCAAUUUUCAUUGCCACCACAAUUAGAUUCCGGCAAUAAUGUUGGUAAAGGACCGAUUGCACUAAAGUGGAAAUCUUCUUUCAAUCCAUUUUUAUAUAUUACUAAUAAUAAUAAUUAA